CUGGCUCCUGCCGCACACAGGGAAAUCGCGGUGGAGCCUGGUCCCGCAAGCGGAGAUGGCCAAGGGUCUAGCGCAAUUUGGGGCGGAUGAUGAAGCAGCCUAAAAUUAGCCUUCUUACUACUUCGUAAAGAGCAAGCCGGGAGGCAGCAGCCUGCACUAAGACAAGCAAAGAGGCACAGGACAGGAAGGACACUGUACCGAGGCUCGCUCUCACACAGGCAGGUCACAUCACUUCAUGCAUGCAAGACAACAGUUUAGAAUCUUCCACUUCAAUAUCUCAACUUCUGAGAGAGAGUUAUUUAGCUGAAACCAGACAUCCAGGGAACACUGAAAGAAGUAGAUCAGAAGCAUCUCCCCAUACUUUCCAUUAUGGCAGUACUUCUGGGGCUUCAGAGGAAGUAGCUGGCCAAGAUGACCUUCCAGAUCUCUCUGCCUUUUUGAGCCAAGAAGAAUUAGAUGAAAGUGUAAAUCUGGCAAGACAAGCAAUUGAUCAAGAUCCACUUGAAAAACAGGACGAGCAACAGACACAUGUACAUUAUAGCUCUGAUCAAGUGAAAAACUGCGGAAAAACAGUUUCAAACAAACAAGUGGCCCAGUCCACAGUUUUGCCAACUUCAGACAAUAGUCUCCACUCAAACUUUUGCCUGGAUCAUGUCACAGAAACAAAAGGUUCCAAAGAGAGCACUCAGGAUCUAAAGAAACAACAGUUUGGUUCUGAAGCAGAAUCCAAAAAGGAAUUCCUAAACAAGGCAGCAGAUUUUAUUGAGGAGCUUUCUUCACUUUUCAAAGCACAUAAUUCUAAAAGAAUAAGACCUAAAACAUGCAAAAACUACAGGAGCAAACUUGAAUCUAAAAAUAAGGCUGCUCAAGAAGGUAGCCCUAGUUUCCCAAAGCUGUCAGAAAAGAGAGAACGACCUUCUAUUCCAGUACCUCAAGACUUGGAUAAUAAAGCAGAGCAUAUACUUGAAAAAGCAAAUGAUCUACAGGAGGCAAACUUGGAAGCUAUAAAUCAAUUAGAAAGUACAGAAUUAACAACAGAGACAGCACCCACAUCUUUAUAUUUUGAGGAGCCUCUCGGACAGCCACCACACUUUACACAAAAACUGAAAAGCAGAGAAGUUCCUGAAGGAACCAAAGUGCAGUUGGACUGCAUUGUGGUAGGAAUUCCAGCACCUGAAGUCAGGUGGUACUGUGAAGGAAAGGAGCUUGAAAACUCACCAGACAUUCACAUUAUCCAGUCAGGAGAUCUGCACUCAUUGAUUAUAGUUGAAGCUUUUGAAGAAGACACCGGACGUUAUUCUUGCUUUGCUUCAAACAUCUAUGGGACAGACUCAACUUCUGCAGAGAUAUACAUAGAAGGUGCCUCCUCUUCUGAAUCUGAAGGUGAAAUUAGCACAGAAGAAAUGGAUCAAGUCCAGAAACCAACUGACAUCUCUUUGAAUGCACCAUCUCCUGCUACUAACACUACAACCACUCAUCAAGAGACACCAAAGGUGCCAUCUACUGUGGGUCAGCCAGUUUAUCAGAGUCAAAGCCCCACUAAUUAUUUGCAAGGAUUGGAUGGAAGACCCUUAAUAGCUGCUCCUGUGUUUACAAAGAUGCUACAGGAUAUUUCAGCUUCUGAGGGUCAGCUGGUUGUCUUUGAGUGCAGGGUGAAAGGAGCUCCUUCUCCAAAGGUUGAAUGGUACAGAGAAGGGACAUUAAUACAAGAUUCUCCGGAUUUUAGAAUAUUACAAAAAAAACCUCGAUCUAUGACUGAGCCAGAGGAGAUUUGCACUUUGGUAAUUGCUGAGGUGUUUUCAGAAGACUCUGGGAGUUUCACAUGUACUGCAAGCAAUAAAUAUGGCACUGUCUCUAGCAUCGCUUGUCUAAUUGUUAAAGGGACUGAGGACCAUAGCAAUACUGCUGCCCUUCAUACAAUGAGCUCAAUCAACUUAAUUGCUGCUGAACAACAUCCUACCCGACUCAUCCCUUCACUUCCAGUGGUGGAUCAGCCCACAAAACCUAAAUUAGAAGGGGUCCUUGUGAACCAUAAUGAACCCAGGUCAAGUUCUAAGAUAGGCCUCCGGGUGCACUUUAAACUGCCCGAAGAUGAUAAAGGAAGUGAAACAUCAUCAGAAGAUGGAGGAGUAUCUGCAAACCAGGUUAGACCACACUACUUCCAGGAGAGGAUUAAUGGACAGACAAUGAAAAUACCAGAGCCAACUUCACCUACAAAAGAGCCCCCUCCAGUACUAGCCAAACCAAAACUAGAUCCCACCCAGUUACAACAGCUCCACAACCAGGUCUUGCUUGAACAGCAGCAUCUACAGCAGCCAUCUCCCCCAUCUCCAAGAGAACUGCCAUUCAACACAGGUAUAUUGAACUCCGCUACUUCAUUCAACCAGCAGUCUACAUCAACUAUAUACAAGCAGGCCAAAGUCUCUCCUUCACAGACAUUCAGCUAUACCCGACCGAAACAGUUCCUUGUGUCCCAGAACACCACACCACCUAUCAACUCCCCUUCCAGCUCCCCAGUGCCUACAUUCAGCAGCGUGCCUCAAGGAACCCAAAGAACAAUGAACAAGGAAAAUUUCGUAGGAUCUCCUCCACCAAUCCAGACAAGGUCUCCGGGAGGGUUUACAAGCCAAAGUGAGCAGCCUCUAGCAAGUCCCAAAGAAUCAGUGUUGCCUCCACUAUUGCUUUCUAUAUCUAGCCUGAACCAAUUUCAGCCCCACAUCGUACUUCCUACUCCUGUCUCUCCAAUCAGCCGGAUUCAGAACCCAGUAGCCUUUCUCAGUUCUGUUCUUCCUUCACUUCCUUCUGUACCACCAACCAAUGCUAUGGGUCUGCCUAGAAGCGCACCAGCUGCAGCAUCCCAUGGACUAAUGAAGAAAAAUCUAAAGCCCCUGCACUUAGCAACGGAUGAUUAUAUUCACAACAAUAAAGUUGCAGUUGUAAGGGACCUGCAGAGAAAAAUGCAUUUCAAAGAGGAUGUCUGUCGACAUAGUAGUCAGCAGAGAACAACAUAUGAUGAAAAACUGACCCACAGACUUCAGGGACCAAGCAAUGAUUCUCCAGUCUUCAACUAUACAACUCAAGAUGUAUCCAAGGAAUACAAGAUUUCAAGCUUUGAACAGAGGUUGAUGAAUGAAAUAGAGUUUCGCCUGGAACGCACCCCAGUGGAUGAAUCAGAUGAUGAAAUCCAACAUGAUGAAAUACCUACAGGCAAGUGCAUAGCACCCAUCUUUGACAAGAGACUCAAGCAUUUUCGGGUCAUGGAAGGAUCUCCUGUUACAUUCACCUGCAAAAUUGUUGGAAUACCCAUACCCAAAGUAUAUUGGUUCAAGGAUGGCAAGCAGAUUUCAAAGAAAAAUGAACAUUGCAAAAUGAAGAGAGAGGGAGAUGGAACAUGUUCUCUACACAUUGAAGCUACUACUAAUGAUGAUGAUGGAAACUAUACAAUAAUGGCUGCAAAUCCUCAAGGGAGAAUCAGUUGUUCUGGCCACUUGAUGGUUCAGACUGUUCCCAUGCGUGGCCGAUUAACAACUACUCAGUCGCAUAGAGCAAGGUCCCGUGUGCAAGAAGGAGAUAAAGAACCACUACAAGACCGCUUUUUCCGGCCAUAUUUUCUGCAGGCACCUGGAGACAUGGUAGCUCAUGAGGGGCGACUUUGUAGACUGGACUGUAAGGUGAGUGGGUUACCAACUCCAGACCUGAUGUGGCUUCUGAAUGGCAAACCUGUAUUACCAGAUAGCACUCACAAGAUGUUGGUCAGAGAGACCGGUGUUCACUCUUUGCUUAUUGAUCCUCUCACACAAAAUGAUGCUGGAACUUAUACUUGCAUUGCAACCAACAAAACAGGACAAAAUUCAUUUAGCCUGGAGCUCAGUGUUGUAGCAAAGGAAGUCAAAAAAGCCCCAGCAUUCCUGGAGAAGUUACAGAAUUGUGGCGUGCCUGAAGGGCACCCAGUCAGAUUAGAAGGCAGAGUGAUUGGAAUGCCACCACCAAUAUUCUACUGGAAGAAAGACAAUGAAACCAUCCCUGCAAAUAGAGAAAGGAUGAGCAUGCAUCAAGACACAACAGGAUACGUAUGCCUUUUGAUUCAACCUGCCAAGAAAGUAGAUGCUGGUUGGUACACUCUGUCUGCGAAAAAUGAAGCUGGUAUUGUUUCAUGCACUGCUAGACUUGAUAUAUAUGCCCAAUGGCACCAACAGAUUCCACUACCAAUAAAGUUUCGACCUAGUGGUGGCCGGUAUGCAAACCUCACUGGUCAAGGACUCGACAUUUUUUCUGCCUUUUCAGCUGUUGAAAAUCCAAAGUUGUUUUCAUCCUCAUCCCAGAGCGUGGUGGAAAGUGAAGAACUUUAAAAACCUACAGUUCCAAUUAUACCUGCAGAAAUAUUAGAACUAUGGGGGGAAAAAAAAAAAAGAGAAAAGGUACAAACCAAGAGACUCAAGGUUUACAAGCAACUUGCUUUUAGUAAGUGUUGUGCUGCUGGAACUGCUGCAAGUUACAUAUUGUACAAGAUGUCUGCCUUGUAUUUUACUCCAGUAUGAUUAUGGUAUAGAGUGUAGCGCAAAAAGUUCAGUACUAUGUCUUUUUCUGAGAAUCUCAGAGUGAAGAGACAGUUUUAGCACUUAAAAAAAAUCAACCACCACCACUUUUUAAUGCUUCAGUUAAAGCUCCUGUAACAAGCAAAGUUAAUGAUUUGUGGUGUUUAACUGUAUACUGCCAAUGAAAGGACUGACACUGUGAUAGAGAGUAAAGAAUGUGACUUUGAAUGUAAUCCUAAAAGGAUUUGCAUAAGGAAAAGAAAAGAAGUUGGAACAGAAUUUUUGUAUGUGAUCAUAGUAGAUAAGACUAUAUAAACAUAGCAUUUCAUGGAGGUACAGCUAUAUACAGUAUAUAUUUAUAUGUGUGUGUGUGUGUGUGUGUGUGUGUGUGUGUGUGUGUGUGUGCAAACCAUGCCGUGUGUAUUCAUGGUGUUUUGAAACAUACAGUAAAAUAUAAGGCAUGUGCUUAGGACAUUAACACAUGAAACUAAACAUCCUAUAUUGUAUGAAGCACAUACUGUAGAGAUCACAGCUGAAACUACUGUAUAUUUCCAUGUAUGCUUCAUAUUCGUUCCUUUUCAGUUUUAGUGACUCCCUGAUUUUAAACACAGAGUCCUGUUCUUGUAACUUCAUGGUUUUUAAAUUCAAGUCUCUUUCCACAUGAGUUUUUGACAUGCCUAGACAAAAAAAAAGCACAUCAUAUGGCUCAUUUGCUAAACUGACUAAAGAGGAACUGUGGCCUGGUGCAAUUAAAACUUCUUUCGGGAUCAUUUAGGAAACUUAAUCACGGUAGAGUUCCUACUAUUAAAACAGGGGAAAAUGCAUCUGUAACAUGCAAAGAAGGUUAUAAUGUUUAAGAAACACAGUGGUUAGUAUAAACAACUAAAGUAAGUAUUGUACCCUGAUAAAUAGUAGGUAAACCAGGGAAUGCUAUAGAGGGCUCUAACGAAGGAUGUUUAAUAACAUUGCUAAACAAACACUUUCAGUAUAUUUCUCUUUUACAUAAUUUUAUUGACAACCUUCUGACCCCAAUGGUUAGAGGUUAGGAAUGUAUAUGAUGAUUUCCUGCACAUGAUUUGGACUUUACUUUCAGCAGUUCUAACUCACUACUUUAAACUUGAUCAGGGACAGCCAUGGGGUCCUAACUAGAAUCAUACAGGGGCUUAAAUAUCACAUUUACAGAUGCUGUAAUUUUAGGUCUUAUUUGGCUUGCUUUGCAAUUCAGUGCUUUUUCACAGUUUAUUUUUUUUAAAGUGUAAUUUCUCCUUGCUUUAAUCUGUUUCUUUCUUUCUCUGAAAAUUUAAAAUUACCAUUGAAAAUAAAGUGUGCCUGCAUUAGAAGUGUACAUGCACUAAAUAUGAAAAUAUAAAGGCAUAAGAGUUAAUGGCCCACUGGUUAUAUUAAGACACUGGGAAGGAGAUACACAGUGUUUCACUGUUAGGUCACUUUCAAAUCUAACCUAUGUGUUACUAUCUGAGAGCCAUCUAGGGUUCGGAUCAAGUGAAUAUGUGGUGAUGCUGUAUUUCCUAGUAAUGUUUCUAAAAAGAAAAUAAUUGGAUUUUGUAAUUUAAAUUAAUGCGGUUUAUGGGUUUCUUUUUUAAGAAAGGCCAAAUUCUGCGCCUAUCUACAACUCUGAAACCUCCCACUAUUUCAGCGGUGUAACUAAAAAGCAGAUUUUGAUCCAACAUAAUAAAAUUCUACAGCAAUUAUAGCACUUUAUAUAUAUAUAAAAUCAAGCUAUAGUGCACUGCCAGAAACUUUACUGAAUAUUUUUAGGCUUGACAGAAUUUGAUUUUUUUUUUUAUGAUUUCAAUGGAUGACAAUGUAUAGUUAAGCAUUUAAAAAAAAAUUAUUCAUUUAAAUUUCCACAGUUGCACAAAAUUAUGAGUUUUAAGCAUUUAUAUCAAUGUAAAUGUUCACAGUUACAGAACAUUAGGGUGAGGGGGCUCGGACAAUAAUUGCUUAAUGACAGUACACGUUAAGUUUAAAAAAGUUGAAGCUUUUGAAACACAAACUGUCAACAUAUACAAAGUAUCUCAAGCAGCAUUUUUUUUUAACCUUUGACUUAUGUAAACUUCAAUUAUCAAUGGAAAUAUUUUUUUGCCAGUCUGUGUAUGGUGAAAUCAAUAUCUAUUGAUAAAAAUCUAACCCUUUCAAGCCUAAAUAUAUAGACUAAGUUAUUAAAUAAUAUAAACUAAGAAACUAAAUCGGUACAAACUUUUCAGGUUUAGAAGAAAUGAAUGAAUCCUCCUUUAUUAGGUAGUAGGUCCAAGAACAAUCAUGUUAUCUGCAUUCUAUGCAUAGUUUGAAAGACAAGAAAAGCAGUAUAUUAAACUUGUUAGUACAUAUAAAUAUCAUACCAUAAGGAUAUUUUAUUAUAGGUGCUAAUAUUAUACUUACUAGUAUUACUGACAGCAGUAAAUGUUCUCACAGCUUUACAAAUUCAGAGAAAGGUGUGAUCCCCAUCCCAAAGAAUUUACAAUGUAAAUUAGACACACAAAGAACACAGACCAAACAUGUGGCCUGAAUCUCUUAUCCCUUAUGCCAGUUUUACACCAAUGUAAUUCCAUUGACUUCACUAUAAUCUCACUUGAUUUACAUCACCACAAAUGAGAGGUGAUUCACACCCAUGACUAGGGUGACCAGGCAGCAAGUGUGAAAAAUCGGGACCGGGGUGGGAGGGUAAUAGAAGCCUAUAUAAGAAAAAGCCCCAAAAAUCGGGACUGUCCCUGUAAAAUCAGGACAUCGGUCACCCUACCCAUGACAGGUAGGCUGAAGGUCAAAUGGUGCAAUGUUUUCCAAAACAUAGCCUCUGUUAUUUUGCAGUGGGGAAGAGAGGCAGGUAUUAUUGAAAGACUUGCUGGAAGAAGUAUUGUAAAGGAGGGAGAUGAAUCAAGGGUUGAUCCUUGGUCAUUCAAGAAGAGGUUCCUAAUACCUCCCAUUGUGAGAGGUUAAGCCAAACUGGGUCCCCAAAAUCUGGUAGUCGAAUACUGGUAGCUGACAACACUGUCUUUCACGGUUAUUAACUAACUAAGGGUCAUGAUCUCAUUCACACCAGCAUACAUUGAACACUGAAGUCAAUGGAGAUACUUCAAUGUACGUGAAAUAAAUGAGAUCAGAAUCCGAUCCUAAACUUGCAGAAGUCUCUGUAGAUCAAAUUAUGUUGCCCAUAAUCCAACUAAUUUCCUAUUCAUUUAAAUGGGAAUUUUGCUACAUGAAAGACUACAAAAUUUUGUCGAGUAUAAGUAACUUGUAUCAAAAAAGAUAUUGAGAUCUUUACCAAAUAGAUUAAUUCUUAAGAAACAAGAAAUUAAUUUCCAGUAUUGUUACUAAACUACAGAAUCCUUCUGUUCUGCAUACACUGAGCCCAAUAUGGGAAUAUAAAAAAGUUUAGGUGCAAAGAUAUUAAUGCUAAUAGAUCUGACUUUGCUCAUCAUAAUGAAACCUUUGUAGAGAAAGGCAUAAGACAUCAUGUGUGUUGGUGACUAUUGAAAAAGAUGAGGAAAACCUGUAAGUAGAUUUAUGUAUGCAGCAGAGGGCAACAGUGAAUUAUCACAUAACUUGUGUGAUGUCCAUUUGAGAAGUUAAUAUGUGAAGAAUGGCUCUAUGUAAUGAUAUGGUAUCAAGAAGCAUUAGAGAUUCUGUGAUUGUGCUUUCUUCCUGAACAGUUUGCUUAGCGUUUCAUUGUUUUGUUUUAUUUUAUUUAAUGAACAGUAACUAAUUUGACCUUGCACAAAAAAGGCAUCCUGUUGUCUUAUUCAGUCGAGGCCAUAACAAAAUAUCCAUGCCAGAAUCCAUGAAGUCAGUAAGUUAUCAUCUAAAUGUCCAUCAUCUAAGUAGAAUUUUGCACCAAUUAAAUGUAGUGACUCUAAAAUUAUAUAUGUUAAAUAAUUUAAUAUUUCCAAAUUCACAUAUUUGUAGCUUUAUAAGGCUGAAAAGGAACCAGAAGGCAAAUAGUUUCACACAUGUUAACACACAGGCUCAGGGUAUUUCAGAGGGUAGUUCAAGUGGCAGUAUUUUUGUUCAAAAUUCUAGAAAGCACAAGUAUUGCAUCUUUGCUUUGAAAAUAGUAAAUAUGUAAAACCUGUAGAUCCAAUUCACAGCAGCCUUGCUCAGGCUAAGGAGAACUGGACUGGGCCUUCUUGUAGCUGAAAGCAAGGACUAAAGACAGACAGUUUUUGAAUGCCUGAUGUGUGCAAGUGUGGAGGGCAAAAUAGGACACAUACUUCGGAAAAUGUGAACCAACAUGUGCAGUCUUUUCCUGAAUAUGUAAAUAGUUGCUACUUGCAACUGUUAAUAAUAAUAGAAAUACUGCAAAAAAAGAACUCAAUUCUGCUAUUAAUGCCAGAAGCAUUAAAAUAGUCUCUGAAAAGUGACCUCUGAUACCCACUAAAAAUGGUACCUGAGCAAAUAUACAAAAGAAAAGCUAAUGAAAUACUUUAAUCUGUUAAAUUAAUACUGAACAAGUGAUUCGUUGUUAAUUGCCUUAUUAAUUCCAAUAGGAAAAUGUUCACUUUGAGCUUUAAAAUAUUUUACUUUUUUCUUGAUUUAAACGGAUUUUGUAUUUUUAUUAUU